UAAGCGCUCACAUUUAGCAGUUUUUUGGCAGUUAUAGGCAUGGAGACCCGCACUGGUGCUAUCGUGGUAAAACUUGUGAUCGUGCUCGGAUACUUUCAUUUCUCCGUUGCAGAAGAAAAUGCGUGUGGAGAUUGUAACGCGAAACUUGACUUCUUGAUGAAGGCACACGCUGAUCUUCUCACGAAAUAUGAAACUCUGCUCGAUUUGUUCGAAAAUUAUCGAGACAGGAUCGAAACCCUUGAAGGUAAAAUAAAGGACGCCAAUAUACGGCACAUUUAUGCUGAAGGUAGAACAGUGGAGAGGCAAAGUUUGGCUGUCGGCAUGAGUGGGUUCGGUGACGCUGACACGUUUGACAACCAGACGAAACAAGCUGUUGAAACGAGUCAAGAAGUCGAUAAUGAAACACGACAAAGAACGCUUGAUGUCAAUGCUGACGUUCAUUCUGUCAAUCAAUCGUUAGUUGCCGAUGAUGUAAGAGUAGUGUCGUCGGAUGCUAUUUCAAGAAAUGUGCGAAAUGGUCAAGUACCAGAACACGUGGCAUUUAGUACAUACCUUGAUCACGACCAAGCUAUUUUCCAUCAUGGACAGGUCGUGAAAUGCAACGGAAUUAUUAUCAACGACGGAGACGCGUAUAACCCUGCCAGUGGCGUUUUUACAGCACACAUUCCAGGUGUAUAUUUCUUUGCAUUUACAAUUGAUUCACUUAAAGGACGAGUAAAUGUAGAACUCGUUAAAGACGGCAUAUACAUGGUCGGUGGUGCAGGCAACCUUGGUGGUAUGGGUGGCAAUUACGCAGUAGUGCGACUUGCGCGAGGCGAAUCGGUAUAGUUAGAAAUUGUUUAUUAUGACUGUGCUGAACUAACAAGUAUAACUGGUUUCCAUAUGACUUCUUUUUCCGGCUUUUUGUUAUACGAAUAAGACUUAGUCACAAUAUUUUAUUUCGAGUAAGCAAUAUUACAAUUGACACUUCUUCAACAGUGAAUGUUGUAAAUGAAUAAGUUUUAUACUAACAGAGGUUCCUUGUGAAGAUAUUCGACUACAGGACAUACGUUAAAAUGACUUUAAAUACUGUAUGUACACAACAUUGAAAAGAACAACCGCACGGACUACAGACUUAUUUUUAUCAAUUAAUAUUGUCCUUAUCCUGGCAUCGA